AUGGGAGACAUGGUGGAAGCCAGGGUCACAGUGGCUCUCAUCGGCAUGGUAGAGAAAACAGAUUUUCAUCGGAAGCGAUAUCGAGAAGAUGACCGCCAUGGGUCCGAUAUCUCAAAGAGAAGUUCUGACCAGGAAUCUCGGAGAAAUGCAGAUCAUGACUCGAGACCGGAGAAGAAUCCACGUUUCCGUGAAAGUGGCGAUUCCGAGGAUGAGGAGGAAGAUGAUCGGAAGCGACGUCCUUAG